UUUAUUUUUACAGCAGCAGGGUGAAUGAAGUCUUUGUCACCACUAACAGCCUUUAAAUGAGUUAAAUGAACUCCUCUCUGACAGUCGUACAUGUGGUGUGUAGUUUUGUGCUCAGACUCUUAAACUUACACAGAUAUGUUACUCAUGUGUCAUGGUGCAGGAACUGAGCUUAAACCCUGCAGUGACUCAUUCUGGUCCAGAAAGCCGUCAGAAACCACUUUUAGAGACUCGGUCAUUUAUGAAGGAGACAACAAGAGAGACAGAAGCACAAUGGUUCCACUCAGAUGGAUUAAAAUGUCUUUAUUCCUGAUUCUGAUGCUUCAGUUUACAGACGGAGAAAGACCAUCAACAACACAAUCAGCUACUACAACACCGUCAAAGACACCGAAAUCAUCCACUGCACGUGAAACAACAUCAGCAACUCAAUCAACUAUUGCAACAACAUCCACUACCACAACUCUGUCAACUACCACAGCAACAUCAGAGACGCCCAGUUCAUCCACUGCACGUGAAACAACAUCAGCAACUCAAUCAACUAUUGCAACAACAUCCACUACCACAACUCUGUCAACUACCACAGCAACAUCAGAGACGCCCAGUUCAUCCACUGCACAUGAAACAACAUCAGCAACUCAAUCAACUAUUGCAACAACAUCCACUACCACAACUCUGUCAACUACCACAGCAACAUCAGAGACACCCAGUUCAUCCACUGCACGUGAAACAACAUCAGCAACUCAAUCAACUAUUGCAACAACAUCCACUACCACAACUCUGUCAACUACCACAGCAACAUCAGAGACACAGACAUCAUCCACUGCAAGUAAUACAACAUCAGCAACACAAACUAAAGAGACAUCAGUGGACAGACAAACACCUACAAACAACAACAAUCCAUCACAACAAGCAGGUUCAUUGUUGCUGUUUAUUAUUGUUUCUGUGAGUUCAGCAGCUCUCUUAAUCACUGUUGUGAUGAUCAUCAUCAUAUGGAAGAAAACUAAAGGAAGUAAAAAGAAGAAGGAAGAAAACACAGAACUGAGCUUAAACCCUGCAGUGACUCAUUCUGGUCCAGAAAGCCGUCAGGCUGAUCCUGAGGAUGGUGUUUUGUACGCCUCCAUCAGCUUCAUGGAUCAGACCAGACAAAGAGAACAGGUCCCUGACCCUGUGAUCUACAGCAACGUGAGAGUUUCUUCCAACUGAUCUAAACAGCUCCAGUUCUACCAUCAACAAACCAAAGUAUUUUUAAAAAGCUUCACAACUUCUUUGUACAGGAAGGAGCAUCUUUCCCACCUUGAACAGGAAGAGUUAAAAGUGCUCGACCAUGAUACAGACUAGUUGCACAUUACCAGUUACAGUAUCAGCUGUGUGAGGCAUGUAACUGAGGUGGAGAGUAUGGGAAAGAAGAGAGAAUAUGAAAAACAUAGUGGUUAGUUUACUGUUUCUUUAUGUGAUUGUUUUAUUACCAUGAUUCCUUUUAAUCUUUAACUCUUGUUUAAUCCUCUCUAUCUGCAAAUGAACACAUGCUGGUAUCUGUUAAAUCUGAUUUUAUGUAUCUCUGCUAUGCUUUAUUUUGAAUAAUGACUCACACAGGACUACAAAUACCUUUACCUGUAUGGUUUGACACAUUUUAAGUCUCAUGACUGUUGACUGUUGAGGUUUUAAUGAUAAAAAAACCAAACAUCUCUGCUGCAGUUGUUCCCACGUUCAUUUAAAGUUAGCAUCUAACACAAACUAACACCUCAUUAACCACUGAUGCUCCACCAUGAUGAGCCCCAUGACAUCAUGCUUUAUUGUUCAGUGUUAUCUUUAAAUGAAUGUAUAUAAAUUUUAAACAUUUUUUAACUUACAUUCAACAAAAUAAACGUAUAUCCCUUCAUUUAUAGGUGUUUAUCAAACUGCAGGUUCUUCUUCCACCAGUCUGAGAUGCACAGUAAAAAUGAUGUAUUCCCACGCUCACACAUGUUAAUCUGUGAAUAGAAGCUAACACCUCACUAACCACUGAAACACCAACGUGAUGUUUCUCAUGGCAUCAUAUAUAGCUCAGAGCCACUCAGUUAUUUCCAUUACCUUGGUACUAAAUAUGCCAGAGAAAAAUUUUAGCUUUUAAAUCUAAAAUAUUGCAUUAAUUCUUUCAGCUACACCAGGAAACACUGAGUCUGUGUAACACCCACACAUUAAAACACAAUCUAAUGUCCAAAAAGACAAACAUUUCAAGCUCUCGGUUUAUUUUUAGAAGAAAUUGACUUUAGCUGGAAUUUUUUUACUUAAAUUCAGGCUCUGCAGCUGAGAUACUUUCCUGUAUUUUAGUCAUAGUUUCAACCAUGAUCAGAACUUUAAGUCAGACAGUCUCAUGCAGGACAUUCAGGCUGCUGAUUCAUCUGUGAGGUGUGUUUAGGUAGA